GCAGGCACCGGGAACUCGCCGGCGUGACAUUCACCGGGCUGUCAGCAGGGUUGGGGUCGACCACAAGCAGGACAACAGUCACCCACCUUUAACUCCACAAAACCGACUUCAAAAUGAGGGUACUGAAGGCGGGUCUGUGUUUGACCAGGAAUCAUCUGUUAGCUCCAGGGAGCGUCACACUGAAACAGGUGCUCAUUAACAGCUGUCGGACCUGCUCCUCUGGGGUCUUACCCAACGAGAAAAUCCGCAAUAUUGGCAUCUCCGCUCACAUCGACUCGGGGAAGACAACCCUGACCGAAAGGGUCCUCUACUACACGGGCAGGAUAGCGGAGAUUCACGAGGUGAAAGGGAAAGAUGGUGUGGGAGCCACUAUGGACUCCAUGGAGCUGGAGAGACAGAGAGGCAUCACCAUCCAGUCAGCAGCUACAUACACCAUGUGGAAGAACCACAACAUCAACAUUAUCGACACACCAGGUCACGUGGAUUUCACCAUUGAGGUGGAGCGAGCCUUGCGUGUGCUGGACGGCGCGGUGCUGGUUCUGUGUGCCGUGGGAGGCGUCCAGUGUCAGACCAUGACUGUGAACAGACAGAUGAAGCGCUACAACGUCCCCUUCCUCACCUUCAUCAACAAGCUGGACCGAAUGGGAGCUAAUCCCAGCCGGGCCUUGCAGCAGAUGAGAUCUAAACUGAACCACAACGCAGCCUUUGUCAACAUCCCAAUGGGCCUGGAGGGGAACAUGCGCGGCAUCAUUGACCUGAUAGAAGAGCGGAGCAUGUACUUUGAAGGACCUUUUGGUCAGAGCAUCCGCUUUGACGAGAUUCCUUCAGAUUUCCGUGCAGAAGCUGCCGACCGCAGGCAGGAGUUGGUGGAGUGUGUCGCUAAUGCUGAUGAAACUUUAGGGGAGAUGUUUCUGGAGGAGAAAAUUCCCACCAAAGAUGACCUGAAGGCUGCGAUCCGCAGGGCCACAGUACAGCGUCUCUUCAGUCCCGUGUUGGUGGGAACAGCACUGAAGAACAAAGGUGUCCAACCGCUCCUAGACGCUGUCCUGGAAUACUUGCCGAACCCCAGUGAAGUCAAAAACUAUGCAAUUCUCAAUGAUGAAGAUUCAGCAGAAAGAUCAAAGAUUGAAAUGGACCCCACCAGAGAUUCCUCAAACCCUUACGUUGGUCUGGCCUUUAAACUAGAGGCGGGGAGGUUCGGUCAGCUGACCUACAUCCGGGUCUACCAGGGCUGCCUGAGGAAAGGAGAGUACAUCUACAACACGCGGACAGGCAAAAAAGUCCGAGUUCAGAGGCUGGUGCGCCUCCAUGCGGAUCAGAUGGAGGAUGUGGAUGAGGUUUAUGCAGGAGACAUCUGUGCUCUGUUUGGGAUCGACUGUGCAAGCGGAGACACUUUUACAUCCAAAACUAGCGCUAACCUCUCCAUGGAGUCCAUUCACAUCCCAGAGCCUGUCAUCUCCAUGGCUAUGAAGCCAGCCAAUAAGAACGAUCUGGACAAAUUCUCUAAAGGCAUCAAUCGUUUCACCAGAGAGGAUCCCACUUUCAGAGUGCACUUUGAUACAGAGAGCAAAGAAACUAUUAUAUCAGGCAUGGGCGAGCUGCAUCUAGAAAUCUACUCCCAGAGGAUGGAAAGAGAAUAUAACUGUCCCUGUGUGAUGGGGAAACCCAAAGUGGCCUUCAGAGAGACAAUCACCAGUCCUGUACCGUUCGACUUCACCCAUAAGAAGCAGAGCGGUGGCUCUGGGCAGUACGGCAAAGUCAUUGGGGUUCUGGAGCCCCUGGAGCCAGAAGAUUACACCAAGCUCGAGUUUGAAGAUCAGACUGUUGGAACAAACGUGCCCAAGCAGUUUGUUCCAGCUGUUGAGAAGGGGUUCAGGGAUGCCUGUGAGAAGGGACCACUCAGUGGACACAAGAUAUCAGGAGUCCGAUUCCUGCUGGAAGACGGAGCUAAUCACAUGGUGGACUCCAAUGAAAUCUCCUUCAUUCGUGCAGGAGAGGGCGCUCUGAAACAAGCAAUGGAAAAGGCCCAAGCUGUAAUUCUUGAGCCGAUCAUGUCAGUGGAGAUUGUUGCACCUCAGGAGUUUCAAGGAGCCGUCAUUUCUGGGGUAAACCGGCGCCACGGUGUCAUCACAGGCCAGGACGGGGCCGAGGGAUACUUCACUUUGUAUGCCGAUAUUCCUCUCAACGACAUGUUUGGCUAUUCUACAGAACUGCGCUCCUGCACUGAGGGAAAAGGAGAAUACACGAUGGAAUACAGCAGAUAUCAGCCCUGCCUGCCAGCAACACAGGAAGAACUUAUCAACAAAUAUUUGGAGGCCACAGGACAGCUGCCUGCAAAGAAGAAGUGGAAGAGCUGAACUGUUCCCUCACUUCUGUCAUUGUUGGACUCUACAAUCACCCAGGACAAUGUUCAUGGAGCCAAACAAAACCUUCAUUUUUAUAUUUUCUUUACAGUUCUAACCCUCCCAAACUAAAUCUUGCAGAUAACGGUUUUGAAUUGUUUUUUACAAUCUGAUCUCAACAGGCUGCAGGCAGAACUUAAACCUGGGUAGUUACUGAAAGCUGAGUGUUUUUCCCUCAAGCUCAGAUUGGUUUUUGUACUAUGUACAGCAUUGUCUGAUAAUGAUUUCAACAAAUAUUUAUGCUUCAUAAAGGAGUGGUAGAUUGAUCUGCCUC